AUUUUUAUAUUUGUAAACAAAGCAGCUUUUAAUGUAAGUGAUAUUUAUGUCUUUUAUCCUAAAAAUUAAAAAGGCGAAAUUAUCCUGAAGGAUAAAACGGUUCUAAAGAAGUAAAUAAACAUAUGAAAAAGUAUAUGGUGAAUAGAAUUGGUUUAAAAUGUCCUGUAACUACGCGGAUGGGCUGUCUCAAUAUGAAAACAAGGGUGUUUUAGGCCUACCGGAGAAAUUCGACAAUGAAGAUAAAAUUAACGAAAAAUGCGAUAUUUUGGCAGAAUGGUUGAAAAACGCCAAGCAUGUUGUAGUCCAUACGGGCGCAGGUAUCAGCACUGCUGCAGGAAUACCCGAUUUUAGAGGCCCCAACGGUGUGUGGACAUUGGAAAAACUCGGGAAAAAACCAAACAUAAGCAUCUCAUUCGACAAAGCCACACCGACUAAAACCCACAUGGCUCUUAAGAAGCUCAUCGAUGAGAAAGUAAUACAUUUCAUUGUGAGCCAGAAUAUAGACGGGUUGCACUUGAGGUCCGGUGUGCCCAGAGAUUCCAUAGCCGAGUUGCAUGGAAACAUGUUUGUGGCGCAGUGCAAUACAUGCAACAGUCAGUUUAUUAGAUCUGAAGCAACCUCUACAGUAGGUAAGAAAUGCUUGGAAGAAAACUGCAAAAGAUCUUCCAUGUUGAGAACGAGGAGUUGUAGAGGUAAAUUGCACGAUACAAUUUUGGAUUGGGAGGAUAAUUUACCUGAAAAUGAUCUCGAAAUAUCCGAUUAUCAAUCAAGCUUGGCAGAUUUAAAUAUUUGUUUAGGUACUACCUUGCAAAUUGUACCUAGUGGAAAUUUACCAUUAAGAUGUAAAAAAUAUGGUGGGAAAUUAGUAAUUGUGAACCUUCAACCCACCAAACAUGAUAAAAAAGCUGAUCUCAUUAUCAACGCUUACGUUGACGACGUAAUGACGAAAAUAAUGAAAAAACUCGGAUUGGAAAUACCGGAUUAUUCCAGUGAAAUUGAUCCCACCAAAAGUCGGUUAGAUUACGCCCUGGAUUGGGAUAUGUCCAAAACUGAUUUAAAUGCUGUUAAAACCAAAUAUGAUGCGCUAGUGAAGGACCAUAAAAAGCGAAAAUCCGAGGAAAAUUUACUAACCAGUAUGAAAAAAAGUGCCAAGAUAAAACCCCAGAAGAUGGAAAAAGUGGAACCAGAAGAAACCAAUAAAAUAGUUUUAGAGAGCAAAGAUAUUUUAUUGUCAAAAAGCGAAAUUGCAGAUUGCAAAAUUGAAGAAAAUAGCGAGGAAGUCGAAGUGAAAACUGAAUAAAGUAGAAAUUUUUCAAUUAACUUUUGUUACAUACCUAAGUUUUUUUAAACUAAAU